GUGCCCCAGUGACCAGCCAGAGGUGUCCCAGUUCGUGAUCGACCCCUGCAGUGGAGUGCUGCCCCCUCUGGGCACCUGUAGUGUUUCAAUCCUUUUCACCCCCUCCAAGUGUCAGCAUUUCCAGACGGUUCUGCAGCUGAGUGUGGAAAAUGGAGCAGGAUGUCACCUAGCUGUUCAGGCUGACAUCCAGAAGCCCCAGGUGUGCCUGCAAAGCUGUGAGCUGGUGUUCAAAGAGAUCUAUGUGGGCGUGCCAGUGUGGGGCACUGUGAAUCUGCUGAACCAGACCAUGCUGCCAGCCAAGUACUCCUGGGGAGAGUUACUAGGGAAACAGGCAUCCCAGUGCUCGGCCACCGUCUUCCCAUCCAGUGGGAUUGUGGGUCCUAAAGAAACAGUGCAGAUGAGUGUGGAGUUCACAGUUCACACUGAGAGUGAACUGACAGACGCUGCUCUAUUGUGUUCAGUGACCAGCAUGGAAGAGCCUCUUGUUCUGGAAAUUUUUGCAAAAGCCAGCGGUCUCCACGUCACGUUCUCUGUACCAUCUGACAGCCCUGAACUGGAGUGUCAGGAUCCUUCUAAACUGCUGUUAGAUUUUGGAACCCAGCUGUUAAACAGCAAGGUGAAACAGCAGCUGAUAAUCACGAACCACACAGCGAUCCCCGCCCCAUUCUCAGUGGAGGCAGAGUAUUUCUGUGGGUGCCUCCCCACACCACCAGCAGACUCAGCCGGGAGCUCUCGCAUUGCACUCAGGACCUCUCUAGUGAGAAAACCAUUAAGUAAUAUCCUUGCAAGCAAAGUGGAAAGCAGAAGACAGCAGGAGCUUGAGGCUGCUUUACUCUCCCAUGGAAAGGGAGCUGUGUUCUUUAUUGAGCCGUCUACCGGGACUCUGGGUCCAUUCCAGAAGCAGACCAUAGAGAUCACUGCAAUCGCCAACAUGUGGGGAGAAUACUGGGAUAAUCUCAUCUGCAGGGCAGGGGAGCUGGAUCCUGUGACCAUCCCAGUGCAGAUCUCUGUGAAGGGCUGCCCGCUCUACUUCCAGAUGACGGGGCCACAGAGGGACAGUCACAGCCAUGGGCCAAUACUGAGGUUCGGGACUCAUAUAUCUGGAGGAGACACCGUCUCACGAUCUUUAAGAAUCAACAACCCAAGCCCUUACACUAUCCGCAUGGACUGGGAGACUUUGAACCAGGAGAAGGGGGACUCGAAACUCGUGGAUCUGCUGGUCUCGUACGGCGAUGCCUUCCCUCUGAAAGAUGCAGACGGGAACGAGGUCAUCGGAGGGAGAGUUGGUUCCUGCGAGAGCAGGAAGCAGAAGUGGGACUGGGACACCCUGCCCAGCACUGCAGGGACCUCCUCCUCUUCAAUGAGGACUGACUGUGAGGAGGAGGAGGAGGAGGAGGAGGAGGGAGAGGAAGAUGAGCUCGAGGAUGUAAAUAAAGCUCCGUUGAAGAAGAUAAUCUCUGUCAACCUGCAAGCUCAUGAGGGCACCGUCUCUGACUAUCCCUACUGCAUCACUCCCAGACAGAUAAACCAGCACGCAGAGCCUGUUACUGCAGCCAGAACCAGAACCAGCACGCAGAGCCUGUUACUGCAGCCGGAACCAGAACCAGCACGCAGAGCCUGUUACUGCAGCCGGAACCAGAACCAGCACGCAGAGCCUGUUACUGCAGCCGGAACCAGAACCAGCACGCAGAGCCUGUUACUGCAGCCGGAACCAGAACCAGCACGCAGAGCCUGUUACUGCAGCCGGAACCAGAACCAGCACGCAGCCUGUUACUGCAGCCGGAACCAGAACCAGCAUGCAGAGGCUGUUAUCAGCUGGGAGAACUCCUCAAAUGUUUUGGUGGUGGAUGGGAUUGAGAUGACAACUUUACUUGUUCACUUUCUUGUUCCAGGAGGGGGCAGUGCUACUCUACAUGUGUCCUUCACUCCCUUGACCCUGUCGGAGAUAGUGAGUGAAACCGAGUGUGCCGGAUUCGCCCUGGGCUUCCUGAGCCUGGACAGCAAGGUUGCUGGCUGCAUUCCUGGGAAGGUGGAGCGUGCACAAGGCUAUGAGCUGGAGCCCCUGAGGCUGGACCUUCAUGCCUUUGUGAAACCUGCCUUGUUAACACUGGAGCUUGAAGACGAGGAGGAGGAGGAGGAAGGGCUGGUGUUUUAUGCCUCCGCCAGUGAUCUGAUUCAAAGAGAUCCGCACACAAAGAUCCUGCUGCAAUCCGUGACGACUCGCAGGCUGAGGCUGCUCAACAGCACAGAGACGCCUCUGUACUUCAGGCUGCUGGUGCCGGAGCCCUUCAGCGUGUUACACGUGGAGCCCAGGGCCAGUAUGGAGACUUCACACAGUGACAGGGUGGAGGAGGGGGGGCUUGUCCUGCACCCCCAGCACAGCAUGCAGGUGACAGUGGCAUUCCAAACCUCUCUGACUCUGCUGACCUAUCAGAACCAGCCAGAGAAUCAGCUUCCUCGAGGGGCAGAGAUCAUCCAGUCUGAAAGAGGAGAAAGAAAACUGCGUUUCAGCCAGCAGCUCGUAGUGGAGUACAGCAACAAGAGUGCACAGCUCGUCCCGCUGUGUGCGCACCUCACAGUGCCAGUGCUGCAGCUCUCCUCCCACGUACUCGACUUUGGGACCUGCUACGUGGGACAGACCCGGGUUCAGGAAGUGUUCCUGUCAAACACAGGCGGCUCCAACAGCUACUGGACGGCUCUGAUAGACCAUGGCGAGACCCCUGGUGUAUUUGCAGUGUCUCCACACAGCGGGACUCUCGAUGCUCACAUCGUCCACGUCUCAGCCAGCAGAGUGGCGCUUCAGAUCAACUUCACUGCAGGAGACAGCACUGAAUAUAAAGCCAUGCUAACAGUCCACGGGAUGCUUGGUGAAGGGCCAGUUACAUUAGAGAUCAGGGGGAGAGGAUCACAUGAUGAAAGAUUUGAAUCCUUACUCACGGAUACCUGCUAAAGCAACAGAGAGGAAUUCACCGCAGUUCCAUUUCAGUGGGAUCGUAAUUACUAACCAGACCCUUGUGCCUACCUGAUUGAAGGCUGCUAUUUCAGUGACGACUACAGUGGGGGCAAUUCAUUCUUCUCUGUCUGUUACUACUGUAUUACAAUUGAAGGGAUUUGUAAUUGAACAUUUAUACUUUACAAUUCUGUUCUGUGACUUGUCAACUUUCUGUCAAGUGAUUUUAAUAUCCAUUAAACUUCAUUUAUACUUUAUACAUGGUGUUAUUAUUGUUUGCAGUUGCAAAUGAAAUUAAAUUGCCAGUAACUAAACAAUCUCUUGACGCCUGCCCAUUAAACAUCUCAAACUUAUCAUUCAUAGUGUUGGUAUUGUUACAAAAGGACAAACAAUUACAAUGCAAUCAAUUAUAUCAACAAACACCCUCUUCAGAUCUCCAUUGCUACAAAGUGCUAUUGGUCCCGGUAGUUAGAACUUGAUUGCACUCUGAACUAUACUUCCUGCGUCACUGUUAUUCUCGUCUUGUUCCCUUCGCUGUCCACAAACUUGGCGCUCACUGGAACGAUCGCCUGCACGAAC